AUGGAUGCUGCCAUCGCGCAGAUGGUGGCGUUCACUGAUGCCACACCAGACCGAGCUCGACAAUAUCUCCAGGUCACAGACGGCGAUGUCGAACAGGCGGUAUCGUUGUUCUUCGAAAGUGGUGGAGUUGACCUUGGUGGCCCCGCUCCUGUAGUCACAGAGUCGUCUACUACGGCUGUCGGCUCUGGUAACGCUCGAGAUCCCAUCAGCAUCGACGAUGAAGAGGAUGUUCCUGUAAGUAGGUCUACCAUACCUGCUGCAGGGAUGGAGGACGACGAAGCUAUGGCUCGACGCUUACAGGAGGAGAUGUACGGUGGAGCAGGUGAAGAGGAAGUUAUCAGAGCACCAAUAGCUCGACAGGCAGAGACAUUAGCUGGUCCAGGAGCAUCAGAUUAUUAUGGUGGAUCUUCGCUGGACGAUGCUGUGCAAGAGCGCCUCCAAGCGUUCAGUAACAGAAGAGGUGCUCGCCGUGCGCCUGGUAUAUUCAACCAACAACCCACGUCACGAAUAUGGCAAGAAGGAGCUGCUGAUCGAUCAGCCCUAGCGGAAUCAACAGGAGGCGCUUCAGAAACCAAUUCACGAGCACAGCAUCUUGCACGCCUUUUUGCGCCCAACUGGGGCCUCAUGUUUAACGGAUCAUGGGACGAUGCAAGAGAUGAAGGCAAGGCUGAAAAGAAGUGGUUGAUCGUCAAUAUCCAGAACGAGAAGGUCUUUGACUGCCAAGUACUGAAUAGAGAUAUAUGGAAUAACCCGAGUAUUGUCGAGACAGUCACAGAGAAUUUCUUGUUCCUGCAAUACAGCAAGGACGACCCUCGAGCUGACCAGUACUGUCAAUACUAUUUCCACAAUUCAGAGGUCGAGGACGAAUAUCCUCAUGUAGCAAUUGUCGACCCACGAACUGGAGAACAGGUCAAGUUAUGGUCAAGGAAAAUACCGAAUGCAGGAGAAUUUCUGAUGCAGUUGCACGAAUUUCUCGAUAGGUACAGCUUGGAUAACACCGCACGAAACCCUGUCGCAAAGAGAAAGUCAGAAGCGAAGAAGGAGAAGCCACUGGAUAUGCUCACAGAAGAAGAGCAAAUGGAGCGAGCCCUGCAAGCCAGCAUGGCUGGCCAAGGCUCUUUGAAGGUACCAGAUGAGGAUCCUGAUGAGUUGACACGUAGUGUCGGGGACCUCAAGGGUAAAGAUGUCGCUAUGGUUGAAACGGAGCAGACACAGACGAACGGCUCGGCAGCACCUUCACUCUGGGCACAGAUACCAUCAGACAAACCACACGAGGAGCCACCAGCGAAUGCAGCUGAAACCACGAGGAUACAAAUUCGACACCCCGAGGGACGCAUCGUUCGGCGAUUUGCAUUGAAGGACAAGGUUCAACGUAUAUUUGAAUACUUAAAAGCAUCGCCCAUCGAGGGCAGGGAAGGGAUCGAGUUCGACGUUGUGGCAAUGGGUACGAACUUAAUGAAUGUACGAGAUCAGACUAUCGAAGAGGCUGGUCUCAAAAAUGCCUCUGUGAUGGUGGAGUUCAGCGAAUCUUGA